UUGGCUGUGAUUCUCAGAUCAGAGUGGAUCAGACGCAUUUUUUUUCUCGUGGACAACAGCCAGAGAGCAAGAUGAGGUGCCUCUAUGACUUUUUAAAUUGCACCUAAGAGAGAGGGAAAGAGAGAGUGGGUCCCUUUAGCCUGCCGCUGCUGCAGGAAGCGACGUUUUCUGUGUUUAGCUGCCUAAACGAGUUCUUUGGGUUCUUGCAUCCGAGAGGAGACCGGGAACUCAGAGUGGUCUCUUUCCCCUCCGUCCCUGGCGUGAAAUACAUAUAUAAACACGGUAGAAAUGAAGAAGUUUCGGAAGGUGUUGGACGGCUUGACCACCUCCUCUCCGGGAGGGACUAUUGGAUCCCCAUCGUGCGGCAGCGCAGCAGGGACUCCCACCGCGGCGCCAACUCCCAAGGAAAUCGACGUCCAGGAGACGCUAGUGUCGGAAAACUUUCAGCUGUGUAAGACGGUGCGCCAUGGUUUCCCUUACCAGCCCACCGCUUUGGCCUUUGACCCCGUGCAGAAGAUCCUGGCCGUCGGCUCAAGAUCAGGCGGCGUACGGAUACUGGGACGACCUGGGGUGGACUGCUACUGUCAGCAUGAGAGCGGAGCAGCUGUUCUUCAGCUGCAGUUCCUUAUCAAUGAGGGAGCGUUGGUCACAGCCUGUGCAGAUGACACGCUACACUUGUGGAAUCUUCGUCAGAGGCGGCCUGCUAUCCUCCAUUCACUCAAAUUCAAUAGAGAGAGGAUCACGUUUUGCCACCUUCCCUUUCAGAGUAAAUGGCUGUACGUGGGGACGGAGCGAGGAAACACACACAUCGUCAACAUCGAGUCCUUCAUUUUGUCUGGAUAUGUCAUCAUGUGGAACAAGGCCAUAGAACUAUCGACUAAAACUCAUCCAGGACCCGUGGUUCAUUUGAGCGACAGCCCGAAGGAUGAAGGCAAGCUGCUCAUAGGGUUUGAGAGCGGGACGAUUGUACAGUGGGACCUCCGGGGCAAGAAGGCCGACUUCAGAAUCUACUACGAUGAGGCCAUCCAUUCGGUCAGCUGGCACCACGAAGGGAAGCAGUUCAUGUGCAGUCACUCGGACGGCAGCCUGACGCUGUGGAACCUCAGAAACACCACCAAGCCAUUCCAGGUCACCUUCCCUCAUGGAAAGAUACAGAAGGAUGGGAGGAAGGAGUCAUGUAAACCCAUACUCAAAGUGGAGUACAAGACCUCAAGGAACAGCGAGCCUUUUGUGAUCUUCUCGGGCGGUCUUUCGUAUGACAAGGCAGGACGGCGACCAACAUUAACCAUCAUGCACGGCAAAGCCAUCACUGUGCUCGAGAUGGACUAUCCUAUUGUCGAGUUCAUGGCGCUUUGCGAGACGCCUUAUAACAACGAGGUCCAGGAGCCUUAUGCAGUGGUGGUGCUUCUGGAGAAGGACUUAAUUGUGGUGGAUUUGACACAGAGCAACUUCCCUGUCUUUGAGAACCCUUACCCCAUGGAUAUCCAUGAGUCUCCAGUUACCUGCACAGCCUAUUUUGCCGACUGUCCACCCGACAUUAUCCCCAUCCUCUACUCUAUAGGAGCUAAACACAAGAAGACCGGCUACAGCCAAAAGGAGUGGCCAAUCAGUGGAGGAACGUGGACAUUAGGCUCCCACACCUACCCAGAGAUCAUAAUCACAGGACAUGCCGACGGAUCGAUUAAGUUUUGGGAUGCAUCUGCAAUCACACUGCAGAUGUUGUACAAGCUGAAAACCUCCAAAGUGUUUGAGAAGCCAAAGCCUGGUGAGGGCCGGGCCGCCGAGUUGGUGGAGGAAGACCCCUUUGCUGUUCAGAUGGUCAGCUGGUGCCCUCAGAGUCGUGUCUUCUGUGUGGUUGGCAUCUCAGCCCACAUCAUCCUGUAUCGAUUCAGCAAAUAUGACGCCAACACGCAGAUAGUGUCGCUAGAGGUACGCCUGCAGUGUGAGUCAGAAGAUGUCAUCUCUCCAUCGGAGAAUGAAAAUCCCAGCUUAUCAGAGCCUGGCUCCCAUUCACCCCAACCCCACCAACACCCAGCUAGCCCCAGCAGUGGAACACCAGAGGGAAUCAAAGACAGCAUCCCCUGCCUCAAGGUGAAGGACCGGGUGGUUCGGGUCCCCCCUGGCUACCAGGCAGAGCUGGUCAUCCAGCUGCUGUGGGUGGAUGGGGAGCCUCCACAACAGAUCACCAGCCUGGACAUCAACUCUGCCUAUGGCCUUUUGGCGUUUGGGAACUGUAAUGGCCUAGCGGUAGUGGACUACUUGCAGAAAACCAUCCUGUUGUGUAUGUCAACACUGGAUCUAUAUGGAGCCGCCGACCCCUACCAGCGCCUUACCCGCUCCCCCCGCAGGAACAGACAGUCCACCUCAGGUAAGUUUUGCAUGCGUGGCCUGUCUAACUUUUAUUCAGAUUCAAAGAAAAGGAUCCGUACAUCCUAUCAGAGCCUUACUGAACUCUCUGACAACCAGCAGUCCAUUGACAUGGAGAGAAGCAAGUCACCCACUUCAGAUCAUGUCAAUGGACAUUGCACUAGCCCCACCUCCCAGCCCUGCUCAGCGGGGAAGCCUCGCGUCCCAAUGGGUCCUGAGGGGCCACGGCUUACCCGCAGAGGCCCUGGCCGACCGCCCUUCCGCAAGGCCCAGUCUGCUGCUUGCAUGGAGAUCUCUUUGCCUGUGUCCCACACUGAAGAGAGUCGCGAAAACUCCUUCAGCCGCUCGCGCAGUUCCAGUGUGUCCAGCAUCGACCGGGACACCAAAGAAGCUAUCACCACACUGCAGUUUGGAGAGUCAUACGGGCGCAAGAGCGACGCCCUACCCACGCCAUGUUUGUGGGUGGGCACCAGCUUAGGCGUGGUCCUGCUGAUCCCAAUGUCCAUUCCCACUGACCAGGAGGAGAGGAUGGAGGAACCUGUCACCAUGGGCCCCAGUGGAGCGAUCCUGAUGCUGAAGGGCUCGGUGCUGCGCUUUGGCUUCUUGGACUGCAUGGGAGCGCUCAUUCAGAGCCCCUAUGAGAUUUGGCGGGACCCAAAUGCCCCUGAGGACCCUGACAGACCGCGGAGGCGCAAACUAGUCCAUUUUUCACCAUCAUCCUCCCAGGACGCCUGCGGAGAGGGACAUCUGGCUGUGGUUUGCUCUGAGAGGCAGGCCAAAGUGUUCUUGAUGCCCUCGCAGUCUUGCCUCUAUGUCCACAACAUCACAGAGUCAUCAUUUGUACUGCGAGCAGACGUGGUAUCGGUGUGUAACAGUGUGGGCCUGGCCUGCUUUUGUGCUAACGGUCACGUCAUGACACUCAGUUUGCCCAGUCUAAGGCCGCUGAUGGAUGUCAAUUACCUGCCUCUGACAGACAUGCGCAUCGCAAGAACCUUUUGCUUCACCAAUGGGGGGCAGGCACUAUAUCUUAGCUCCCCGACAGAGAUCCAGAGAAUUACAUACAGCCAGGAGAUGUGUGACAACCUGCAGGAAAUGCUGGGAGAGCUGUUUACACCAAUAGAAACACCAGAAGCCCAGAACAGAGGCUUUCUAAAGGGCUUCUUUGGAGGAAACGCCCAUAACUUUGACAGAGAGGAGCUCUUUGGUGAGGCAGCAGCCGGGAAGGCAUCCCGCAGUCUGGCGCAGCACAUCCCUGGACAGGCGGGGAUGGAGGGCAUGAAGGUGGCAGCUAGCGGAGCUGUGGGUGAGCUGGCUCGGGCUCGCAUUGCUCUGGAUGAGAGAGGCCAGAGGCUGGGCGAGCUGGAGGAACGGACUGCCCUCAUGAUGACCAGUGCAGAAACCUUCUCCAAACAUGCUCAUGAGCUGAUGCUAAAGUGCAAGGACAAGAAGUGGUACCAGUUCUAGUAGCAGGAUAAAGGGCUGAGGGUGCCCUUGGUCUGCUGAGAGCUUUAUGCCGGGACAGGGACUUUCACUCUACAAAUGAGAGCAAUUAAAAGAGAGACUCAAGAGUGACUUUGUCUUUACGGCUUCUGGACUGGCAAAAUGUACGGCACUGUCACAUUGUUGAAUGACAAGGAUGGGCUAGGUCCUUGUCUAGACAUGCAGUGAUACGGACAGAAAGAGGAUGGCGGUAUUUGAAGGACUGAAGAAACUGGAACUAGAAAUAUCUGACAAGUCUUUGUGUGUUUGUGUGUUGUGACGACAGAUGUACAAAUGUGUGUGUGUGUGUGUGUGCGUGCGUGCGUGCGUGCGUGCGUGCGUGCGUGCGUGCGUGUGCGUGCGUGCGUGUGUGUAUGUGGUUGGGUUUUCUGGACCUCACUGUGUAGAUACUCAACAGUUAAGAAACCAACAAGAAAUGCAUGAAACAAAAAUGGAUGACUACUAGAAAAUAUCCAACUGCCAUAUUAAAAAGCAGCAUGCUACUUUAACAGGAAAUACAAAAAUGAAAAGUUUUAUUUAAUGAUGUAAGCCAACAACAGAAACUAUGAAAAACUUUAUAUUUUUUGAAAUACUGACAAAAAACUAUAUAUAAAAAGGGAAAUGUAUACCUGCAUUGCUAUUAAGCCAAAAGUUGUGUUCCUUUUCCUUUUUUCUUUUCUUUUUUGGUUCAUUUUUUAUUUUUUUUUCUUAGUCUCAGCAAAUAUUACUUGACACAAUAUAAAUGCACAUAGUUAGCUUUCUGUACACACACUUAGAAUAAUGCUAAAGGUUUCUUCUUACCAACUACUCUGGGCUGCACAGUGCAAACACAAAUCGGUAGUAUUUACACUUAACUCUGCACCGUCUAAAAACACAAAUUUAAUUUCACUUUUCGGCUGCUGCUACUUACAAAAGCAUUAAAUGAUGAUAACGAAUAUCUCACUCCCCAACUAUAACUGUAUGAAAACAGAGAACAGAUUGGUAUGGGACGUAUGCAAAAGGCUGAAAGAGUUAAAAGUGCAUUCUGGACACAGUGUGUUUAUAUCUAUAGGAUGAACCUAUAUACUAUUCACGUGCCAUAAAAAAACAAGAUGGGUGAUUCCACUUACUGUAAACUAACUAACAAAGAGCUAAUGAGUAGUGAGUAGUAAUCUUACACUUCCUGUUGAUCAGAACAGAUGAGAAAAGGUACUUGGAGGUGGCCAUAGAGGGCAUUUAUCAAAGUCAAAUAAGUCUGUUUUGUUUUGGGAAAAAAAAAUCUAUAUAUGAGGGUGUUUUUAUUAUUUUUUUGGUUGUCGCUGGUUCACCAUUUGAGUCUUUAGCUGCCUUUGUCAGAUGUAAAAGUUUAGUGACCCAUUAGGAUGAGUGUGUAAGAGAGAAAGAGCUCCACAGAUGUUAAAGGGGCCUCUUUCUCUGCCGAAACAAUCAAAAAUGAAUGACAGCCUCCCAUCUCUCGCCACCUCAGUCUUUUAAAAGUUGUAGUUUGUGCAUUUUCAGCGUUAAACCGGAGUGCUCCUCUUCUCAUAAUCACAAACGAAACUUUUAAUGGUUGUCACUGUCUUUGUGGCGGGAACACAAGGAGGAGUUGAAAUCACAUCUGUUUAAGUGCUUGUGAGUCGUUUAUCAGUAAACGUUUCAGGAGAAGUAACAGUAUUUUUUCAGUGAUGUUCAGAUGUUGAGUCAGUGAAGAAACUAUGUACAUGUGUAAAACAUUUGCAACAAUUUCAAUUGAGGGCAAAUAUGUUUUUAUUUCAUUCAAUAUUGUUCUUGAUGACUAUGAUAUCCUCUUGUCGCAGUCUUAUAUUUGAUGGUGAAGGCCUCUCAACCGGCUUCUGUAUGUUAAAAACAACAAAUGUUUCAUGAUACAUGGUUGUGUAUCAUAUUGUGAUUGUGUUGUACAUGUCAAUGGGUAGCCACGCGACAUGGGAAAACAGCAUUAACUGAGGAGGAUAUUUUGUACUUGUGUAUUUGUCUGUAUUUUGAAUUGAUCUGAAAAGCUGAACAGAGGAUUAUUGAUAUCCAUCUCUCACACAUCAGGCCUUUAUGCACACAAGCAUUAACACAUGUAACGCAUUGUGUCUCGAUCAUGUUAACGUCACCCCCACAUAGAGUACGCACAGCGACUAUACUCAAAGCCUAAAAAAUAACAGACACUUACACAAGUGAAUCUACAUUGGUAAUCAUUUCUGUCUACUUCCUGUCAGGCUUUCUUAGGCUUAAAUGGCCUUUGCUUUCACCAAACUCACCUGAAAUCCAGGAGCAGAGAAACAUGGAAUCACACAUGAUUUGAUUGAAUGAGUUAAACAUGACAAAAAAAACAAAAACAAAUUUCUCUUCUAUCUCUGUACCGUCAAUGAGAUUUGUGUUCAGUGCAGUUAUGUCAAUGGCAGAGAAAACACAAAAAAACAAAAAAAAACUAAACCAAAAGAAAAUUUAAAAAAAAAAAAUCUGACUUCUACUGACAGGGUGUUUUGUUAGUAUGUUUUUGGUUUUUAUAUUAUCUGUACAGUUCAAUCUUGGGUGAAAGGUGAAACAAAACAAAAAAAAAGUUAAAAGAUAAAGACAUUCUUGGGAUAUUUUUCUCUGUAUAUGUUGUACCUGUUAAUGCUGGUACUGUAUCUGGUAUUCUGGCUCUGUCUAAAUCACUGGAACUCUGUAGUUCUUCACACUGUAGUAUCCUGAAAAGGCAUUUUUCUGGUUUUCUCAAUGAUGGCAGCAAAGUUUGUCUUAUUUAAAUGGAUUCUACCACUUUUUGUUCUUCUUGAUAUUAUACUAGUGUAAUAGAAAUUACUUGACAAAAAACUGAAAAUAUGUUCAUGCAAAAGCAAACUGAAAUAAACAUUGAUUGAUGUACACA